AUGCUGCAGCAGGUGGCGCCGCCCAAAGGCCUGGAACCUGCGAAGCUGGUCUCUUCCUCUUGCUCUUUGCAGAAGAUUCUACAGUGCAGCUGCUCCUUCCAUGGGGUUCCCGCGCCCUCUGUGCAGUGGUGGUUGGAAGGUGAUAUCCUUGGUAUAGACAACCCCCAGGUGACUUCUACCAUCCUUGCCCCCUGGAGCAACACCACCAUCAGCCUGACCGAGAUGCCAGACAUGGGUACACCCCUUCUCUGUGAGGGGAAGAACGACUAUGGAAACCAUGCUAUGAAUAUCAUACUGAUGUCAAUAAAGAGUCCUUUGGCUACCCAGAGUUUCAUCAGCGGGCUCUUCCGGGGCCUUGUCUAUGGAGUCAUUGCAACUACUGUGCUCUUUCUCUGCCUCAUCCCACUCAUAGUGAACCACAUCAAAAAGACUCUGUCAAAGAAAAUUGCCGUGAUCAAGGCAGAAAUGAGCCCUUCAGAAUCCAACAUGGCUCUGAAUCCCGAGGAACCAGGAAAAUCCACAAUCAUGCCGUCUUCUGGGAGCCAGCGUGUG